CCAAUUUGGACAACAUCGAAACCUUUCAAGCUUGGUCCAUGCGAGUACCGUAACAACAAAGGGUCAGUCAUGAAUGUGAACCAGGGGACAGUAGGCAGUGACCCUGUCAUCUUGGCUACGGCUGGAUACGAUCAUACCGUCCGGUUCUGGCAGGCUCACAGUGGGAUAUGCACCAGAACAGUACAGCAUCAGGACUCUCAAGUGAACUCACUUGAAGUCACACCAGACAGGAGUAUGAUAGCAGCUGCAGGUUAUCAACAUAUACGCAUGUACGAUCUGAACUCAAACAACCCCAAUCCUGUAAUUAACUAUGAUGGAGUUAGCAAAAACAUCACCUCAGUGGGUUUUCAUGAAGAUGGCCGUUGGAUGUACACAGGAGGAGAAGAUUGCAUGGCCCGUAUCUGGGAUUUGAGGUCCAGAAAUUUGCAGUGCCAAAGAAUAUUCCAGGUCAACGCUCCUAUUAACUGUGUGCGCCUACACCCAAACCAGGCAGAACUAAUUGUUGGAGACCAGAGUGGUGUGAUCCACAUAUGGGAUCUGAAAACUGACCACAAUGAACAACUUAUUCCUGAGCCAGAAGUCUCAAUAAACUCUGUACACAUUGACCCAGAUGCAAGUUACAUGGCAGCUGUUAACAGCUCGGGAAACUGUUUUGUGUGGAACCUUGCUGGAGGCAUGGGUGAUGAGGUGACUCAACUUAUUCCAAAAACAAAGAUUCCUGCACAUAAACGCUACUCACUUCGCUGCAAGUUUAGUCCUGAUUCCACUCUACUGGCUACCUGUUCAGCUGAUCAGACCUGUAAAAUCUGGAGGACUUCUAAUUUCUCCCUUAUGACUGAGUUGAGUAUCAAGAGCAACAACCCUGGAGAGACAUCUAGAGGCUGGAUGUGGGAUUGUGCCUUCUCUGGGGACUCCCAGUAUAUAGUUACAGCUUCUUCAGACAAUCUUGCUCGCCUGUGGUGUGUGGAGACUGGAGAGAUCAAGAGGGAAUAUAGUGGACACCAGAAGGCAGUGGUCUGUCUUGCUUUCAACGACAGUGUGCUUGGCUGAACAGGCAGGUUCAGUAACUGCGGCGUGGACUUAAAGGCAAAAGUAAUGCCGGACCAGUGUUUUUCCAGGGAGAGGUGGCACAAAAAACUCUUAAAAUCCCUGACAAGAUUUGUCAAGGUGUAAGGAUAGAAAACAAUGUUUUGAAGGUCUGUAUCAAGAAAACUGGGCUAUAUCUAGUACAGUGAUACUAGUGCUAGUACAGUAUUUUGAAAUGCUUUUAAUGUGAUGCGUAAAAACAGCCACAUGAAACCAAAUGUUAUUUGACGUGCCAUUGUAAAAUGUAUGAAUUUUAAUUAAAUCACUAAGUGACUUGUGUUAGUUGGAUUUAUGACAUGGCAUACUAUAAAUACAGAUUAAUGUAAAUACAAAUGUGCAGAAGUCAUACAAAAAUCUUGCCACCUGAUAAACCACAACCUUUUAUUAGGAAGAUCAAAAGUCACACAGUAAAAAUUACUACACAUAAUGACUUGCAGAAAAUACAGUUAGUGGCAUGUAGAAAAGGGAUGUUCUCCCAUGUAAUCGUGCAGCAUGCCACCAGAGUGGGUAAAACCCAUGAAGAGAGUGAUGAAGGCUUUGGCGAUAAUGGUGACAGCCUGUCUCCAGCUCUUCUCUCUCAGAAGCAUUGAAAUGCACUGCCUUGCCUGUUUACAGGCUUCCUUCUUUUUGAUAAAGUACCUGAAAAGGUAACUUUGUUUCCCUGCAUUUCUGAGAUUUGAUGAGAAGGGAACGUCACUCUGGCAGAUAAUAGAAACACACAGACACACAGAUGUUGCUGGGGAAACAGAUGUCAAUACAGAAGUAAACCAGCCUCUGUUUGCCUGGGCCUAGGAAGGAGAAUGACCAUCAUUAAAGAGCCCGUGCAAUAGACAAUAUGUAAGCAUUGCAUGUUCUUUGUUCAAUAUUAAUGUAAUAUUGUAAUUGAUCUUAAAUUAGUUCCACUAC